AUGAGUCUGAAACAGGCCUGCAUCUUUCUGAGAGGAGGAACCAACAGGAAAGUAAGUCAGUGUUUUUCAUGUUAACUCUUUACAGUCGAUGGUCAUUUAACGAUAGUUUCUUUCUUUGGCUUUAGAGAUCCUUCAUUCAGACGUCUGAGUGAAUUUUUGUAAACGAGGUCGUUAUGAACGCAGUAACGGAGUCAUCCCAGACUUUUCCUGUUCUGCCAACAUUUUCUAAAUAUGAGAACUAUUACACACCGACCUGUGGAUCAGACAGGAAAGUUCAAGUCUUGAGCACUCUUGAAAAAAAAAAGUAGAUGGAGUAAAUGUUCAUAGAUUCAGAUAUAAAAGAGACGAUCUUUUAAAGUGAAGAUCUCCUGAUUCGGUUUAACGUUCGUCUGAACUUUUCACCAAAAUCAUGAAAUUCUGUCGUGUGAAAACGAACGGAUUAAUCUGAAGAGUCAGAGCGGAGCAGGUGUUCAAAACUGAAACCUUUCAAAGAUUUUAAUAUGCUGUUUCUGUUUUACAGAAAAGAUCUCUCACUCCUGAUGAGAUUGAAGGUAAAUGUUGUUUUUACACAUCUGGACAGACUAAAGUUUAAUCGUCUGUUUUUGGAAAUGUUCAUCACAUCUUAUUGUAAAUCAUGUCCUUGUGCUCCAGAGUUACGUGAAGCUUUUGUGGAGUUUGAUAAAGACAAGGAUGGUCUCAUCAGCUGUAAGGACUUGGGGAACCUGAUGAGGACCAUGGGCUACAUGCCCACAGAAAUGGAGCUGAUAGAGCUGAGCCAAAACAUCAACAUGAACCGUGAGCCUGUCCUCUUCCCUCUGCUCUGUAUGAAAUAUUAACAAAUAUAAAAACGACAUUUCUGAGUUUGAACUUCUUGUACUUUCUGCUUCUUAAAAUUUGAACCAAACGGAUUUGAAAGUUUGGUGCAAAUCAUGAAGCAGACGGAGAAGUUUCAGUGGUUCAGGUCUCUGGAGACAGACUUUGAACAUGAAACCUGAUUUUAUUGAUGAGUUUUUUCAUGACGUUUGUCUGAUUCAUGUUAUCAUUAGUGUUUUUAUGAAACUUGAACUAAAUGUGACACUAAAUGUAUUUUUUGUUUUGGCUCUCAGUGGGGGGGCGGGUGGAUUUUGAGGACUUUGUGGAACUCAUGACCCCCAAACUUCUGGCUGAAACUGCAGGGAUGAUCGGCCUGAAGGAGCUCAAAGAGGCUUUCAGAGAGGUGGGUUCAGUUUUCGCUCUUUGGCACCCCACGGUGGAUGUUGUGUGAAAAUACUCUUCAAACUAAAAUUAGACAUUAAUAUGAUUAGAACCAUGACGCCACGAUCAACCUCCACCUCACAGAGCUGUUUUUUUUCUCUUUUCCACAGUUUGAUAUCGACGGCGAUGGUUCUAUCACGUCUGACGAGCUGAGGCACGCCAUGACCAAGUUAUUAGGAGAAAAAACCUGUGCCAAGGAAAUUGACGCCGUGGUCAAGGAAGCAGACGGCAACGGAGACGGGACCGUUGACUUUGAGGGUGAGAUAGUGAGCCCCAACAAAAACCCUGACCCCAAAGACUGAAGGUUCUUAUUUAAUACUACAACACUGAGUGAAGUUGGAGUUACAUUAAUAAAUCAAUGAUCCAGGUUAAAAGAGGGAAAGGAUUAGGGCCCGACCGAUUUAUCGGCAAGACGAUUAAAUCGGCCAGUUCUAGCCCGUUUAAAGCUCCUUACACACCGGGGCCGACGUGAAUAUAGAACGUGAAAUUAUGAAAUAUUCUGAGGUGAAUUUUGACGCGCCUGACUAAACACAUCAAGCCCGAUGUGAUUUUGCGACUUUCCGGGGGGGGGGGGGGGGAGACACAACCCCGGGAAAGUACCACCUUUACACUUUAGAUCGACCGUGAUCCGAAAAAAUAAAUGCCACAAUAUCGCAGGACGGGAAAACGUCGCUGAUGUGAACGCUUGUAAUGACAGGAAACGGGUUCGAAAAAAAUAUUGACGUCCAAAAUAAUCGCACGACAAAAAACGGUUCUGUAAUAUGAAGCUAAAGUUAGAGUUAGCCAUCUGCUAUUAGCCUUGCUACACUGUUAGCCGUGUCAGUAACGGUCGAAUAAACAACAGAACACAUUAGUGAUGGAGCGACUUCUCUGACUGAGGCAGCUGAUCAGAUUCAUGAUCAUGAUAAAUUUGAUUCAUUGAUUCAUGAUAAAUACGUGGAAUAUUACUGAAGUUAAUGUUACUGAGAAGUGUUUGAAAGGCUCAAAAGCAGCCAUUUGUUUUAAAAAAAUUAACAAAUAUAUUGAUAUAUUACUUAAAUUAACAAAAUUUUAAAACUUCAUAAAAAAUGUAAAAAAUCGGCCGAUUAAUCAAAUCAGAUUUUUUCCCUCUUAUAACCGAUAUUGGCAUCGGCCCCAAAAAGUCCAUAUCGGUCGGGCCCUAGAGAGGAUCAAUAAGAUAAGAUUAAAAAAUACUGAAAUCAGCUGAUUGUUUUUGGUGUCUUUUUAAAAUACUGAAGGUUUUUAAUUUUCAUCAUAAUUCAGAGACAAAGGAGUGAAUGUCGUUUUAACUCUGAAGAACUAAUCCUGAUUUUCUCCAUUCUCUUCUCAGAGUUUGUGAAAAUGAUGUCGCAGAAAUGA